GGGAAGUUCAGGAAGGAUAUUUUUUUAAACCAUUGCAACGAAGAAACGAUACUGUGCUGCGGCAGAUGCAAACAUGUAGACCCAGCGCUUGUGAAUCGUCUAGAACUCAGCUGAUCUGUAAACCUUCUCCACCUCUGGUCCUCCUCUCCAAAGACAGAAUGUAUCGAGCUGUUCAACUGGUGAUUGUACUGUUUGUCCCCACUAAAAUCACACGGGGAGUUGAUACUGAGAUUGCUUCGGCCGACGGGGGUUCGGUGAUGUUUCCCGGGGUGGGUGCCGAUCGACGCAGCGGUGUGGCGGUGUUCCAGUGGAAGAAGGCUGGCGGGACGGCCGGGAAGGGAAGCGCGAUGAAGCCCGUGCUGCAGUUUCACUCGGGAUCCCGGGAACCAGCUGUGAUCCGGAGUUACGCGGGACGCCUCACUUUCUUCCCACACAACGGGUCGAUGGCCUUCCAUAAUCUCACCCAACAAGAUGCUGGACUCUACCAACUCUACAUCAAUCUGCAGAAGGAUGCCAUCCAAUCUGUCAGGCUGACAGUCAUGGACAGGCUGAGCGAGGUGUCGGUGUGGAGUAACUCCAGCUCUCUGGGUUCUGUCGUCCAGCUCAGCUGCGCUGUGGUUGGGAAUCCUCACGAGUACCAGUGGCGGAAAGAUGGAGGGGACAUAUCCCGACAUCAUCAACUCAUGAACGGGAACAUGAACCUCAUCAUCCCGAGGGCUUCCAGCAUCGACUGUGGGACUUACACCUGCAUCGCGAGCAACCCCGUCAGCUCCGCCCAGAAAAACCUCACCCUGACGAUCUACGGUGUUCCCGCAGAGCAGAUUGUGGUCAUGAUGGUUUGGGGAUCGGGACUGUUGUAUUCUGGUUUGUCUCUUAUUGGCUCGACAUUUCUGUGUGCCUAUAAGUGUGCGCCGAUAACAGGUAGGUGUUAAUGUUUAAAUUACACUUAAAAUGUAAGCACGCAGGUUCCCCUUCAAACUUCAUCUCAUGUUCAUACAUUCGAGGAGCAGAAUUGGACGAUUCAGCCCAUCAGGUCAACUCUGCCAU